AAAGAAAACUUUAGGGCAAGAAGAGGGGAAUGGAAUGGAAUGGCGCGCGUCCUCCAUCCGAGCGCUACGCAGCAAGAAUCCAUGGCGCUGUUGGAAGAUCCAGCGAGGUAUGGAGUAGCUAGCGCUACCGAGAAUCUCUCCUUGCCACGUCAGCCAAGAAGAAACGCAAGACUCUUGACCUUUCAUAGCCCCCCGGCGGCAGGGGAGAUGAAAGGUUUGGAUGAUCUCACCAUGAAAGGUGAGAAUGUCCGGCUAGGUGUUGCUCUUCGCGGCGAUGGCAGGACGUCACCAUGCCGAGGAAAUAGAUACGCUCAUCAGUGAGGUGACCAUCGACGACGACGAUGAAGAAGGUGAUUUCCAUCGCCACCACCAGCGCCACCGCCAUCGCCACCACCAGGUCCAGGACAUCCAAGUCUCCCAGGGAGAUCGAGAUGGAGCUCCUCCUCCUCCUCCAGCUCAAGUCACCAAGUCGCAAGCUACGCUUCCUCCCUUGGCCUCGAUCGUGGCUAGCUCGGCUUCAGAGAUGUCCACGCAAAUGUCAGCGUCCGCGAGGGUGGAUUACAGGUCCCGGAGGCCAUCGCUCAUCACCGUGACAGUCCCGGUUCCACUCACGCCGGAGCUCUCCACCACGGACAACUGCAAGACCUCUCGUGUGGACAGCUAUGGAAACGAGAGCGACAGUGACAACGAUCCCACGACGCCGCCGCUCAUGCGCAGGAUCGCUCCAAAAUCCAACUUUGGGAGGUCGAGAACACGGCUGCUGGAUCCUCCGCCCAUGACUCCCGCGAUCCGGAACCAGAUCACUUCCACUCUCAAGAGCCGGAAGUUUGAAGGUGACGACGUGAGGUUCUCGCCGCCAAAGACACCCGGCUCCGCAAAGUCGAUAUCUUUCGAGGAUGAUCAGGAUCCCCUGGACGACGACUCCAUACCCGGCGAUAAGAAUCUCAACAAGGGCGAGAGCGAGUGGCUCUACUGGAUCCAGUGGGUCUCGCUCUUGAUCCUCACUGCCUUGCUCGUAUGCUCGCUCAAGAUCGAGGAGAUUGAAGGGAAGAGUUGGCUGCAACUUAGUCUCUGGAGGUGGCAAGCGCUUGCGCUCGUUGUUAUCUCGGGCCGACUUAUUGCAAGCUGGAUCGUCAAGCUUUUUGUAGCACUGAUAGAGAGGCGUUUUCUCUUCAAGAAACGAGUGCUCUACUUCGUAUACGGCUUGCGGAAGGCUGUGAAGAAUUGCAUCUGGAUUGGCCUGACUCUCGGGGUCUGGGAAGUGAUUUUCAACGGACGAGAGGAUACGAAAACCGUGAGGAUCGUUACGAAGGUGCUGUGGUGUUUGCUCACUGGCUCUAUUUCAUGGAUGUUGAAGGUGCUGAUCUUGAAGGUUGCAGCAAAUAGUUUUCACAGAUCGGCGUAUUUUGAGAGAAUACAGGACUGCAUUUUCAGCCAGUAUCUCCUGGAAACACUUUCAGCUCCCCCAGCGCAUGGUUGUUUGCUUGACUCUUCAAAUCCCGCAAGGCCUCCAGCAGUGCCGCAUGAGCAGGAUUCUGCGAGCCCUUCUCAGUGGGCUUUCGCUAAAGGAGAUGUCGAAAACCCCGUACAAACACCCUCCAAGUCGGCGAAAAGGAGGCUCGGUCUCUCAUUUUUUUCAGGCACGCCUAAAAAGAAGCCAGAAACGCCUGUUCCUCUGAUCGCGAAGAGUCCCGUUCCGAUAGAGCAGAACAGGUUGCAGCAGUUGACAUCACAAACGGUGUCCGCUUGGACACUCCGAAGGCUAAUGAAGACGAUCCGAAGCAAAAACAUGACGACUUACUCGUCCAUGCUCUCCCAAAACGGGGAAACCGAAAUCGACAGCGAGAUUGAGGCAAGGUCGGCCGCCAAAAAGAUUUUUUUUAACAUGGCGAGGCCUGGGCAAAAGUACCUGACACUCAGGGACUUCUUGUAUUUUCUGCCAGAGGAACAGGCAGCAAGGGCCUUUUCUCUUUUCGAGAUCACAGACCAGGGGCAUAUUUCCAAAAAGGCGCUCGUGAAAUGGGUCGUCAGUGUCUACAAGGAGCGUAGGGCUCUUGCGCUCACUUUGAGUGACAACAAAACCGUUGUUGCAAAGCUCCAUCGAGUUUUUGAUUUUGUGUUGGUGGUGGUGCUUUUUAUAAUUUGGUUACUUAUUCUCGGAGUAGACACCUCCAAGCUGCUGGUGUUCUUCUCCUCCAUUUUCAUACCUUCUGUUUUUGUUUUCGGCAACAUGGCGAAGGGGACGUUCGAAGCGUUGAUAUUUCUGUUUAUUGUGCAUCCUUACGACGUUGGAGAUCGAGUAUGUGUCGAUGGCCAGACUUUGUUGGUCGAGGAAAUGAAUGUGCUCAACACAAUUUUUCUCACAGGCUCGAACGAGAAGAUUUACUACCCGACCUCGGUUCUCGCAUCCAAGCCGCUGUCAAACUUCCAUCGCAGCCCUGACCAGUGGGAUGCGAUCGAGUUCCAAGUUAGCGCCAACACUCCGGUUGAGAAGCUCGGUUUCCUGAAGGACAGGAUGCAACGCUACAUCGAAAGCCUUCCUCAGUUUUGGUAUCCUGACUUUCGGAUCGUCUGCAAAGACAUCGAGAACAGCAACAGGAUGAGGAUGGCACUUUGGAUGCAGCAUCACCUCAACUUCCAGGUCCUCUAUCCCGGUUUUACUUUUGUCCUCUCUCUUUCUCUAAGCAAACUCUUUUCUAUCACUCCAGGAAGGUGGCGAGCGAUUCCAAAGGCGCAGCAAUAUGCUUCUAUACAUGCGGCAACAAAUGGAGGAUCUUGGCAUAUCGUAUCAGCUUCCACGGCAAGAAAUAGUGGUGACUGGCUUCCCUUUGCGUGACUUGCCAACACCGGUGUUGGCCUAGAAAAGAUUUUGCCUCCGCGGUUUUAAAGGGUAUGUGUUGGAUUU